UCUCCCUCCAUAACCCCCCUCCCACCGCUCUUUUCUUUAUCCUCACCUGCAAAUAUACUCAUUCAGAUAAUCAGAUUCAUUUCCAGUCUUUCUCCACCAAAUCAAAACCCUAAUUCUCUGACAUUUUCAUCACAGACGAUGGAAAUCGACGAUGAUUACGAGUCAUUUUCCUUUCCCAACAACGAGCCUUCACCUUCACCCAAGCAUCGAAGACUCAAACGCCUCAAGAAAUCUACGGUUGUUGUAGAUCAAUCAGCCCCGGUCGAAUCAAUAAGCGAACUCAUUGACUUGCCUCAAGUUGAUUUUAUCAGUAUAGAAGCCCUAGAAUCUUCAGAUAUCCGAGCAUUUGAUGAUUCAUGUGAGCCGCAUUCGUCUCUGCCGGCUGAGAGUUUUGAUGAUGAUGUAGAUGGAAAAGAACCGAGCACUGCUUGUGCUGAUACGCUUGUGAAUGUAGAUCGGAAGGAAACGAAGCGGUUAUUAGAAUUCGAAGAGGGGCUUGAUGACGGUAGUGUGAAGGAAAAAGAUCUGAGCUCUUGUUAUGAUGAUACACGCGUGAAUAGCGGUCGGAAGGAAACAAAGAGAGAUUUAGAGUUUGAAGAAGGUUUGGGUGAUGAUGGAAUGGAAAAUAAUUCAAAUUCUGGCGUUGGUGACACGCCCGUGAGAACAAAUCGGAAGGAAACCAAGAGAGCAUUGGAGUUUGAAGAUGAGAUUACUGAGAGUGCAGUGGAUAAAAUGGUGGGAAAUGAAGCAGAGAUGAACUCUGUUGCUGGUGAAUCGCCUGUGAGAACAGAUAGGAAGGAAACGAAGAGAACAUUGGAUUUUGACGAUGAGAUUACUGAGAAUGUAGUUGAUUCAAUGGUGGGAAAGGAAGAAUUGAUUGCAGAUAUGAAAAUCAAGGAAAAUGAGGAGAAGGAAGUAAAUGAGGAUGCGAUGAAUGAGAAGAAAGGGAGGAAAAAGAGACAUAAGAGUUCCAGUGAGGACCCAAAAGUCAAAGCCUCUUCUACUAACAAAAAAAGGGAAGCAAAGGAAAGGAGAGCUCAUCUAGAACAACUUCAUGCUGAAUCUCAGAGACUUUUAAGAGAGACUAGAGGUGCUUCGUUUAAACCAGUACCAGUUGUGCAAAAGCCCAUAUCAUCCAUUUUGGAAAAAAUAAGACAAAGGAAGCUUGAGGUGUCAAAGAAGUUUUCCCAGUUUAAUUGUGAUGAUCCUGUUAAGGAAGCUGAUGCUUUUCAGAAACAGACCACAAAUCAUUCCAAGAAUGUGGAAAUAGAAGUUGGUGACAUAUCAGAGUCUGUGAAAGAAGAUGAAGUUUUAAGUGGCCCAAAAGAAGAUGAUAUUGAUAUGGAUGGACCUGAUGUCUGUGGAGAACAGAAGACCCAUGACAAUGAUUCUUCUCAAAUGCCUUUGGAUGACAAGUCUACACCUGUUCUUCGGGCUCCAGUUGAUGAUACUCAGGAUCUUUUUGGUGAUUCUCAAACAAGUGAUAGCACAGACUCUAAAGAUGAGGAACCUGAUGAACAUGCUAUUAGCUCUCAAGAAGAACAAAUGGAACCUUCUUUGCUAACAAUGAAAUUAAAGUUUGAUUCUGUUCCUGAUGAUAUCUCUGAUGAAGAAGAAAACGACAAGGAGAAUGUUGCUCCGUAUGUGAAAGAGAGUUCUUCUCCAAAAGGAGCUCCUGUAAAAGCAUUUCUUGAUGAUGAGGCUGAGGAAGAAGAUGAUAGUGACAAUGACAGAAUGAGAUUUGGAGAUGAUGAAGAAAAUGAAGAUGAUGAUGAUGAUGACAUUGAGGAACUGAGAGAGAUGAUAGUCACUGGGUAUAAAGAAAAACCAGUUGACAAAGAAACCCGAGAUGAACUUCACCAAAAAUGGCUUGAAGAAAAAGAUGCAGCUGGAACUGAUGAUCUUUUGAGAAGACUAAAUGUUGCUUCUAAACUCAGAGAGGAAUCUUUAUCUGAUGAUGAUGAUGAUAAUAAGGAAGGUGAAGAGGAUGUAGAGGCGGAUGAUGAUGUUGAAGAAGAUGAAGAUGAAGAACGCCCACGUGUUCCUCGAUUAAAUUCAAAAAAAGCAAAGGAAAUGAUUGCUCAGAUGUUUCUUGAUAAAGAUGAAGCUUUUUCAUCAUCUGAUGACGAGGAAACAGAGAAGAUACUUGCCAAAACACGUCUGCUCAACAAAGCUGAAGAAAAGUGUAAAUUAGUGUCACCUGAUGAGGAUGAUGAUUCAAGGGAAGUUUUUUGUCGUAUAAAGAAGCUAAAUACAGUGCCUGAUGCACACAAGAAGGCUAAGAUAACAGCAUUCAUUGAUACAAUAGGAGGGAAUAGCAACAGCUCUUCUAAGUCAUCUUUCUUGAGUCGAGUGUCAAGCCAUUCUGUUCCAACUUCCUCCAAACAACUGAAACAAGGAUCCGGUGUGGGUCCCAGUCGAGCAUUUAUAUUUGGACGAGAUGACAGUAAUAGCAGAAGCUCAAUGUCAAUUUCAGAGGAUGCUUCAGAUACAACAACAAAGGAAAUCCAAACCAAGAAAGUUACAACCAAGUACAGCAUCUCACAGUCACAAGUCAGAUCAAGUAAUGAAAACAGUAGCAGUAACAGUAACAGCAGCACUUCAUUUUUUGAGAUGCUGAAGCAAUCUUCUGUGCAAACCAAUGUUGGUAAUAAAGAAAGUAGUGUAGUUGAGCUUAGUCAAUCUGUUUUUGCUGCCUUCAAGAUCCCAAAGAAGCCUCUAAAGAUCCAAGGAAGAGUAUAGGAAUUUGAUGUUGAUCAUACAAUCUUUUGAACUCAACAACUUGUUAUUCAUAGGUAAAUAAGGUUAAAUUGCAUGUGGAACUAUAUUUUUAAUGUUGUUUUAGUAAUUUGUAUUCGAUAUUUAUUGGAACUUUUAGUUUACAAGAUUGUUUGACUUUUUUUUUUGUUGCAAC